AUGAAAACAAAGCAAGGAACCUCUCGGCGGUUUGGCUUUAUUGGAUAUAAAACAGAAGCAGCUGCAGAGGCAGCUAUCAAUUAUUUCAACAAUACCUUUAUAAACACCUCUAGAAUUGUAGUUGAAAAGGCAAUUGCUUAUAGAUCUGAAGAAUUGCCAAGACCAUGGAGUAAAUAUACACCAGGAUCUUCAGCUCACGAAAAAAAGGAGGAAGAUCGCAAGCAAAAGAAAAGCAAAAAGAAUGAUUUCGAAGUAGAAGAAACGGAUGCUUUUCGAGCCAAACAGAAAAAGAAUGAAAAGACUGAAGAACUUAUCAAUCAACUGAAUGCAGAUAAGAAUGAUCCUAAACUGAAAGAAUAUUUGGAAGUCAUGAUGCCUCGAUCUAAGGGCAAAACUUGGGGUAAUGAUGAUGUUGCGCCUUCAGCUGAAGCGGAGAAGCAGGAAGAUGAAGAGACAGUAGUAGUUCACCAUAACGAAUCAGAUGAUGAGUAUCAAGAUUUACCAAUGAAGAAGAAGAAAGAACAUAAAGAGGAUGAAGAUGUUGAAAUGGAGGAUAGCAAUGCACAAAUAGAAAGUGACGUAAAAGAUGAUCCUAUGGAUACAGAUAAAGAAAGUGAAAAACCAAAAGAUCCAAAGGAUUCCAUUGCUGAAACUGGACGUCUCUUUGUUCGUAAUUUAACAUAUGCCUGUACAGAAGAUGACUUGAAACAAAUGUUUGAAAAGUAUGGAACACUCUCUGAAGUCCAUAUGCCAAUCGCAAAGGAUACCAAAAAGUCAAAAGGUUAUGCUUAUAUUUCUUAUAUGCUUCCAGAACAUGCUGUCAAAGCAUACGAAGCAUUGGACAUGAAGACGUUUCAGGGUCGCUUGUUGCAUAUUAUACCUGGCGAAGAAAAACCACCUACAAAAGAAGAGGAAAUUGUGGGAGUGAACGGUACUAAAUUGAGUUCAGUGAAAAAAGAAAAAGAAAAGAAGCGCAGAAAUCUCGCUGGCAACGACUUUAAUUGGAACUCACUUUACAUGAGUGCAGAUGCCAUUGCCGAAUCUAUUGCUGAUCGUCUUGGCAUAUCAAAAUCCGACGUCUUGAAUGCGGACGCUAACAAUAUGGCUGUCAGACUUGCAUUGGCAGAAACACAAAUUGUUAAUGAAACAAAGGAAUUCUUUGAAAAACAUGGUAUUGUACUUGAUAGUUUUGGCAAGAAAGAAAGAAGUGAAACGAUUAUCUUGGUUAAAAAUAUCCCAUACGGCACAACAGAAGAUGAGAUGAGAGAACUGUUUGGAAAAUAUGGUGAAUUGGGUCGAGUCCUUAUGCCACCAGCCAAGACAAUUGCAGUAGUAGAAUUCCUUGAGCCAAGUGAAGCAAGAAAUGCAUUUAAAGCAUUGGCUUAUCGUCGCUUUAAAGACUCUCUAAUUUACUUGGAAAAAGCACCCAGUGGACUGUUUAAAGAUAAGUUUGUGCGUGGUGAUGCUAAACAAGAUAAAAAGGAAGAAAAGGAAGAAGAGACUGAACAGAAGCCAAAGAGUGCAACAGAAUUACUUGGAGCUGAUGAAGAUAAUGCCAGCGAUGAUAUUACUUCGGUUUUUGUCAAGAAUCUCAACUUUAAUACAACCAUUGAAUCUCUUCGUAAUGCUUUCAAAGGAAUCGAGGGCUACAGAUCGUCUCGUAUUAAUGUCAAACCUGACCCAAAGAAUCCUGGAAAGACCUUAAGUAUGGGCUAUGGCUUCAUAGAAUUCAAUAACAAGACAAAUGCUGAAAAGGCAAUAAAGGCAAUGCAGGGAUAUAUGCUUGAUGACCACGCAUUAGAUCUCAAGCUAUCACAUCACAAGACAUCUACGAGUACAAAGAAAUCAAAGACACCCGAUACAACUAAAAUCAUUGUGCGAAACGUUCCAUUUGAAGCCACAGCUAAAGAUUUACGAGAACUAUUUAGUGCCUAUGGUCAAUUAAAAUCACUGCGUUUACCCAAAAAAUUUACAGGUGGUCACAGAGGUUUUGCUUUCUUAGACUUUAUGACAAAGCAAGAAGCCAAGAAUGUAUAUGACAAUAUGGCAAAUAUUCACUUGUAUGGCCGUCAUCUUGUUCUUGAAUGGGCCAAAGAAGAAGAUAAAGCAUCUGAUAAUUUGCUAGAUGCUUCAAGAAAAAGAAGACGCGAAGAAAGUGACGAUUUUGUUCCUUUGUAA